AUGCACAUACUAAUCCACCACAUACCACGCAUGCUCAGAAGAUAUGGCAGCCUAAAAAUGUUCAGUGGACAAGGUAUUUAUUUCUUUUAGCUCUUUGAUCUUUGACCUUGUUGCUUCCUAGUGCUUAACUAAGGCUCCAAAAAGGAAUAUGAAAAUUUAAAAAUUUAAAAAAGAUUAUUGGCCAGGGUGCAAAGAAAGUCAGUUUUACAGCUUGCCAUUUGGGCCAGCUGUAGCUAACAUCUAGUAGACUAAGAGGCAAUUAUUUUAACCAGCCCAUAGUUUUAAUUCCCAAAAAAGCUUCACUUGGACAUCAGGCAAAUUAAGAACAGAUUUACUAGCCUGAUAGCAAAAUCAACGAGCCCCAAGGUAUCGGACACGACUUUCUUUGCAAUAUUUUUACAGGAGUUGAGAAAAAGAAUGAUGAUUUCAGAAGGUAUUUCCACACAAAAAUCACCCGCUGGGAUGCUGCAAAGGAUCUUUUAUUGGUGGACAAACGGCAGGAAGCACUCCAGGAUUACGAAAGAGUAAAGAGAGGUUAUGUGAAAAGGAAGGAGUCGUUUGGAUAG